UUAUAUAUAUGCCGCUUAAAUCAGCGCCUCCUUCUCUUCGAGUUGUACCUGUAUCUUCAACAAACCCUAAUUUAGGGUUUAUGCCUCUAAAACCCUCUUCAAUAUCAAAAUCCCAAAACCCGAUUUUGAAUCGUGCUACAUCAACCCCGUACGCCGCAACACUAGUCUCAACUUAAGGUUUAUUUAACGUGAUAAAAUGCUUCUACUGUUUGAAACGGCCGCUGGUUUUGCACUUUUCAAAGUGCUGGAUGAAGGAAAGCUUUCAAAAGUUGAGGACUUACAACAGUCGUUUUCCAGUGCAGAUACUGCUAGAAAGGUGGUCAAAUUGAAAGCAUUUUCCAAAUUUGAGAAUACAUCAGAGGCUUUAAAGUCUGCUAAUUUAUUGAUUGAUGGGAAAGCUAGUAAGGAUUUGCGCAAGUUUUUAAGUGUUCAUUGCCAAAAUGAAACAUUAGGUGUAGCUGACACGAAGCUUGCGAGUAUCAUCAAGGAAAAAUUGCAAAUCGAUUGUGUUCACAACGUUGGUGUUAUGGAGUUGAUGAGAGGUGUCAGAUAUCAAUUGACUGAACUCAUAGCUGGUCUAGCUGUUCAAGACAUGGCUCCUAUGAGCUUGGGUUUGUCUCAUAGCUUAUCCAGAUACAAGUUGAAGUUUAGUGCUGACAAGGUGGAUACUAUGAUCGUCCAAGCUAUUGGUUUACUCGAUGAUCUUGAUAAAGAGCUGAAUACCUAUGCCAUGAGAGUUCGUGAGUGGUAUGGUUGGCAUUUUCCAGAACUUACCAAAAUCAUAUUGGACAACAUCCAAUAUGCAAAGGCAGUCAAGUUAAUGGGUGAUCGCAUCAAUGCUGCAAAGCUUGAUUUCUCUGAGAUUUUGUCAGAGGAGGUUGAGGCAGAGGUGAAGGAAGCAUCAGUAAUAUCUAUGGGAACUGAAAUUGGUGACCUUGAUUUAGAAAACAUUAGAGAACUCUGUGAUCAGGUUUUGUCUCUUUCAGAAUACAGGGCACAACUCUAUGAUUAUCUCAAGAGUAGGAUGAACACCAUAGCGCCCAAUUUGACUGCUAUGGUUGGGGAGCUUGUCGGUGCUCGUCUCAUUGCCCACGGUGGUAGCUUAUUAAAUCUUGCAAAGCAGCCUGGUAGUACUGUGCAGAUUCUUGGUGCCGAGAAGGCUCUUUUUAGGGCACUUAAGACUAAACAUGCCACUCCAAAGUAUGGUCUCAUUUACCAUGCAUCUUUGAUUGGCCAGGCAGCUCCAAAGUUCAAGGGCAAAAUUUCACGAUCACUUGCUGCAAAGACUGCUUUGGCUAUCAGGUGUGAUGCACUUGGAGAUGGGCAAGAUAACACCAUGGGAUUGGAGAACAGAGCCAAGCUUGAAGCACGAUUGAGGGGUCUUGAAGGCAAAGAACUAGGUCGCUUUGCCGGUUCUGCUAAAGGGAAGCCUAAGAUAGAAGCAUAUGACAAGGAUAAAAAGAAAGGAUCUGGAGGACUGAUAACGCCUGCCAAGACAUAUAAUACUGCAGCUGAUUCAGUUAUUGAGCCCAAAUCUAAUUCUGCAAUGGACGAAGAUACACCAGAGACUCCUGUUACGGGCAAAAAGAAGGAAAAGAAAGAAAAGAAGAAAAGGGAGAAAAAAGAAGAUAAGGUUGAAGAUGUUGUUGAGGAACCCGAACAGGAAGUUGUGAAAAAAGAAAAGAAGAAGAAAAAGAAGGAAUCCACAGAGAAAGCAGAGGUGCAGAAUGGUGACAAUAAUUUGAAUGGAGGAGAAAAGAAGAAAAAGAGAAAGAAGAGUGCAGAGGAGGAAGACACAACUGAUAUGCCGAGCAAAAAGAAAGAAAAAAAGAAGAAAAGAGACGUUUAGAGCGGAAUGUAUGUAUAGUCACCAGCUAAUCAAAAUGGUGACUGGUAACCAUUUUUGUAUACUUUGGGAGCUCAGUAGUUGUUUUGGUGUCAUAUUUGCUUUUCAUGUUAAUGCAAUUUGUAGGUCUAUGAAUUCUUGUUUAUUUAAUGUUAUAAAUUUUGUCUUUCAUAA